UUCUUGUCCGUUCUUCAGUGGCUUUGAAGUUUGAACCCUGCAUCAAUAUUUCUUUUCACUAUCGAUAUACAAGUACGGAGUAACUAGUAUGCUUUAUGAUUUAAUUUCUGCUUUAUCAUGAUUCAAUUUCCAUCAAAGCAAAUGGAGCCUUAUAUAUAUCCUCCCUAUGCUUUAUGUGUCGUGAAUUUGUAGAAUCAACUGUAGGUAAACUGAACUACUAUUAUGGAGGCCCCUUACAGUUCAGUCUCCAGUGAGUCUCAUUCGAUUACAAUUGGUUCCGGUUCUGGUAUUUGUAAUGAGCUAACGCCCAGCGCACCCUUUCCUGAGUAUGCUUCCAACAGGCUUAGAACAAAGGAGGAGACACAGAUUGACCCGUCGAUAAUGUCGGGUUUACAGAAUCAGGUAGAUGCCUCUGAGACAAGGCACAAGACAAAGGUUACUUCAGCAGAGUGGAAAUUUAUACUUGCUGGCGUUUGCCUAGAGGUUUUAUCUAUUGCUUUUGAUCAAGUUGCUUCCCCAACCAAAGGCGGCUAUGCACUAUUAGGUCUAUUUUUCGUUUUUGCUGCUCUAGUCCUCAGCCUCUGGGAACUCAUUCACCAGUAUAGAAAGGAAAGAGCCAAAUCCAGGAGAGUUGGAGUUCGGCGGUUUCAUGAUCAUCGACGAUCAAAAAAUCCACGAUCAUUUUAUGCAGUUUUGGGUAGUAGUUCCAUCAUAUAUGGAUUAGUUUUUGGCAUCACUCAGUGUAUUUGCUCGAUUGUUCAGUGUGUUUUCUUCCUUCGCCACGGGGAUAAUCCUAUAAAAGCAUCACUUUCGCCUGCCGUCUUUCUUAUUUGUAUGGCAAUUAAAAAAUUUAUUUGCCCAUAUGCUGGUGAAUAAGAUCAAGCCAAGUGGAUUUUCUGAGGUCCCAUUUCUUUAAGGUGCCAACAAGAAAACACACACACGCUUUCUCUUGAAACAGUACGUUAGAGAGAGAACAGAUCUGAAACCCGUUUUCCCUCCCCCUCCUCUCUAGCUCAGAUCUAGAUCCCUCUGGAUCCAGAUCGAAGGUUUAAGAGUUGGGGGCGGCUCCUCUGUCCGGGCUCUGUCCCUGCUUUCCCCUUUUUCCUGUGUUUUAGUUCUCUGGUUUUAGCUCAGCUCUUCCAUUCAGUUUGAAUCUUCCAACAAUGUGGCCAAGAUCCUUACUGCUCUCCUUCCAUGGUCAUCCCUACACCUCCCUCACCUUUGUUUUUCUUUUCCUCUUUGUUUGGUUUCUUGGUGAGAUCGUUUCUCUUGGUGAAUGGGUGCAAACUUUCUCUUUUCCUUCUCCGUUGGCAGCUUUCCCCCUUUUGGGACAAGGAAGAAUACUUGGCUGCUAGCUCGUUCCGAGUCUCUUUCACGGAGCACUUCGGCGGGAACCUCGACGACGAGAACUCAGGUUGAGCUUCUCGGUUCGACCUCCUUCUGGGAGACCUUCUGUCGAUUUACGUUUAUGGGGGUACAGAGAUGGAGAUCUAGAUUUGCUUACCAGAGAUCUUCGGAGGCUCGAUUUCGACAAAUGAAUCAUUCUUGCAGAUUUUGGUUGCUGCCUUGCUCCGUUGCUGUCGGCAGAGUUGGGCGGCGGUUGGUUCUUGAUUCGACUUGGUGGACAUGGACUGGGCUCGGUUUUUGGCCUAUGUGUUGGGCCUCGGUUUGUUACUCUACGUUUCCUAGUUUUAGGGCUGCUUUUGUAACUCCCUCGGGAGCUUGUCCUUUAUGGACCUUGUACCCUUUAUGGGCUGUUGCCUUUUAAUGCAUUGUUCCUACUUAAUCAGAAAAAAAAGCUAAGUGGCUUACUUUUUGCAGAGAAAGAGGAACCUAUGAGACGCGGAGCUAGCUAUAGGUUUCCGUAUUUAAGGGCCAGUUCUUUCUUGUACAUUCGUCUUUUAAUUUGAUUUAAUCUUAGUAUUGCCUCCUUAUUUGUGUC